ACAAAGUUAACUGAUUCAUUCAUAAUCUUUGCUCGGUCAUUUUUGCCUAUAAUAAAUCUUUUUCAUAUAAAUCACAGACAGUCUUAUCUCCUAGAUAGAACCGCCAUGGCGAUCUCACUAAAUGAAUUACUAAUACACUACAGCCAUUUGAUUAUUUUAGAAGGAAAAAAAAAAGAAUAUCUGAUGCCAGC